AUGUCUACUAUCAACGAAACCGAUUUUACUCAUCAAAUCGCCAUUGAACUGUCACGAGCCUUAAAUUUAUUAAAUCCUAAUGAUCUUUUAGCCCAAAGAGUAAUACAGGUUGCUAAAGUUCAUAAAAAUGUAGGCACUUUCAUUAAAGCCUGUCAAGGUUUUGGAAGAUUUCAAGAAGAAUUUCUGGCUGAUUUAUAUACAAAGAUCAAAAAAUGGGUAAAAGAAGAUUCUAUUGAUUCAAAUUCUCAAAAUACCGAUUCCUCUUCUAUUACUUUAAAUGUUUCUACGGUAAUUGGAGAAGUACUGACUUUGGAUAGCCCUUCAGUUGGUGGCUUAACUCGACCCGGAAAAUUAGCGACUUCCGAAAAUCGUCAUGUAUUCAAAACUCCGGAGCCAAGAACAUCACUUUUAGGAUUAGAUAAGAUUGCCGAAGAAAAGAAACGUUCUGCUGCUGUUAAGGCCUCUAGAAAGGCCCAAGAAGAACCUUCCUACCCAUCAAAACGGAUUAAUAUAGGAUUAUCAUCAGAUUGGGAUGCAGAGGAUUCUUCGGAGAAUGAUUCAGGGUUGAACAACAGCAAAUUAAACGGGUCAUCAUCAAAUAAAAAAUCUUAUCGAAGGGUGACCGAUGGAACAUCACAUAUUUCCGAAGAAUCUCGUGUAAGAUCGGCAGAGCAUAAACAAGAAAGGCAGAGAAAUAGAUGUAUGACCAGAGACUUUUAUAAAAGUUCAGAUGAUAAAGAUUAUGGAGACCAAAGAGAUAAGGAGAGGGAUUAUGAUCAUUCAAGGCGACGCUCUCCUUCAGUAAAAUAUAGACGCGAUGAUUCAAGUAGAAGAUCACCGUCAGUUACAAGUAGAAGAUCACCGUCAGUUACAGGCAGAAGAUCACCGUCAGUUACAGGCAGAAGAUCACCGUCAGUUACAAGUAGAAGAUCACCGUCAGUUACAAGUGGACGAAAUUCACCGUUUCGAUCAUCCAGGAGAGAUGAUUCAAGCAGAAGUUCGUCUUCGCUAAAUUCAUCGAGGAUAAGCAGAAGUGAUUGGGAUUCCACUCCAACAAGGUCAAGCACCCCAAUUUUUUCUGGAGCAGGAUUAACUUCACGAAAAGAUUAUCAAAGAGACUUUCCCACUCCACGACUUGUAUCGUUUGAUUAUGAUGAGAUGGAAUACGCCUAUAAUCAAGACAAUGACGAAAUCAAUAAUGAAGAAAGACAACUUUGGGAGGAACAGCAACGUCUAUUAGAUCGAGAGUGGUAUACUAUCGAAGAAUCAUCCGGUGCUAUGGAUGAUACACAUAAUCCUUUCGCAGAUUAUUCAGACUUCGUACAUAAAAAGGAGGAGGAACUUGCUCAGAGGCAACUUAAAAAAUUAUCAGCUAGGCAAGAACAAUAUAAUAAAGACAAUGAACUCUGGGAAACUAAUCGUAUGUUAACAUCAGGUGUAGUCCAAAGAAGGGAGAUGGAUUUGGAUUUUGAGGAUGAUUCAGAGUCAAGAGUACAUUUAUUAGUACAUGAUGUUAAGCCACCAUUUCUUGACGGUCGUAUGGUAUUCACUAAACAAUUGGAGGCCGUUCAAUCUGUUAAGGAUCCAACGUCAGAUUUAUCUGUGUUCUCAAGAAAAGGUAGUCAGUUAGUAAAAGAAAAGAGAGAACAAUUAGAGCGUCAAAAGGCUGCUAAAGAUGUUACUGAAGUAGCAGGCACAGCUCUUGGCAAUCUGUUAGGUGUCAAAACUUCAACUUCAGAUGAGACUUCAGCAGAAUCCCAAUUUGCAUCUCAUUUAAAAACUUCCGAAGCAGUUAGUGCCUUUUCAAAAUCUAAGACUAUUCGUGAGCAAAGAGAAUAUUUACCUGCUUUUGCAGUUAAAGAUGAAUUGUUAAGAAUAAUAAGAGAUAAUCAAGUUGUCGUCGUCGUCGGUGAAACAGGUUCAGGUAAAACUACCCAAUUAACUCAAUAUCUUCACGAAGAUGGAUAUAGUAAAUAUGGAAUAAUAGGUUGUACACAGCCUCGCCGUGUUGCAGCUAUGUCUGUUGCAAAGCGUUGUAAACUUGGAACUACCGUUGGAUAUGCCAUUCGUUUUGAAGAUUGUACUUCGGAAAACACUGUCAUUAAAUAUAUGACAGAUGGUGUAAUGCUUCGUGAAUCGCUUAAGGAACCUGACUUGGAUCAUUACAGUGUUAUUAUCAUGGAUGAAGCUCACGAACGUUCUUUACAAACAGAUGUUUUAAUGGGAUUUUCUAUCUCAAAGACGCGACAUAAGUUUUCUGCAUUCUUUGGAAAUUGUCCAACUUUUACAAUACCUGGACGUACUUUUCCAGUAGAAGUAAUGUUUAGUAAGAGUGCCUGUGAAGAUUAUGUAGAUAGUGCAGUAAAACAAGUUUUGGCAAUCCAUCUCGGACAUCCAGCAGGCGAUAUUUUGGUUUUUAUGACUGGUCAGGAAGAUAUCGAAAUAACAUGCAAAGUGAUAGCAGAACGCUUAUCACAAUUGGAUAAUCCGCCAGAGCUAGCGAUUCUUCCAAUCUACUCUCAAUUACCCGCUGAUUUACAAGCCAGAAUUUUUGAAAAAGCUCCUGAUAAUGCUAGAAAAGUGAUUGUUGCCACAAAUAUUGCAGAGACCUCAUUAACUGUCGAUGGUAUUAUGUAUGUUGUUGAUACUGGAUAUAAUAAACUUAAAGUUUUUAAUCCUAAAAUUGGUAUGGACUCCUUGCAAAUUACGCCAAUUAGCCAAGCUAAUGCGAACCAAAGAUCUGGUCGCGCCGGGCGUACAGGUGCAGGAACAUGUUAUCGACUAUAUACUGAACAAGCCUACCAUCACGAAAUGUUUAUGAAUACUAUACCCGAAAUUCAACGUACGAAUCUUGCAAAUGUUGUACUUCUGUUGAAGUCUUUAGGAGUAAAGAAUUUGUUAGAUUUUGAUUUCAUGGACCCUCCGCCACAAGAUAAUAUUUUGAAUUCGAUGUAUCAACUAUGGGUUUUAGGUGCAUUAGAUAAUACUGGUGAAUUAACACCUCUUGGUCGCAGAAUGGUCGAAUUUCCUUUAGAUCCUUCAUUAUCCAAGAUGCUGAUAGUAUCAGAAGAGUUAGGGUGUACGGCAGAAAUUCUAACGAUCGUUUCUAUGCUUUCAGUUCCCUCUGUGUUUUAUAGACCAAAGGAACGACAGGAUGAAAGUGAUGCAGCCAGAGAAAAGUUCUUUGUUCCCGAAAGUGAUCAUUUGACCCUUUUGCAUGUAUACACUCAAUGGAAAUCUCAUGGUUUUCGUGAUGAAUGGUGUAGUAAACAUUACAUACACUCCAAAGCUAUGAGGAAAGCACAAGAAGUUCGUUCUCAAUUAAUGGAUAUCAUGAAAGCCGAAAAGAUGGCUAUAGUAUCUUGUGGAACAGAUUGGGAUGUUGUCCGAAAAUGUAUUUGUUCAGCAUAUUUCCACCAAGCUGCAAGAGUCAAAGGAAUCGGAGAAUACGUUAAUUGUCGUACGGGCAUGCCUUGUCAUCUUCAUCCAACAAGUGCACUGUAUGGUUUGGGUUAUACCCCAGAUUACAUUGUCUAUCAUGAACUUGUGAUGACUUCCAAAGAAUAUAUGCAGUGUGUGACUGCUGUUGAUCCUUAUUGGCUAGCGGAAAUGGGACCCAUGUUUUAUUCAAUCAAAGAGAAAAACUUCACACAAAAGGAAAAACGAGCUGCAAACAAAUCAGAGAUGGCCAAAAUGACAAUGGAAAUGCAAAUUAAGAUGGCUCGAGAACAAGAAGAAACACAAGCCAAAGAGCAAUCAACUUCAAAAUCAAAAGGAACACGUAUAAUUAUUCCAGGUAAAAGAGAACCUGGGGCCUUACCAAGAAAAAGAGGUUUGGGUAUUUGA